AUGAACGCCACGGCAGGCACGCCGCUGGAGAGCACACUUCUCAUCGAGGCAGCAAACAGAUGGCCUAUCGCUGCAACGGUGCUGCUUACCUUUGCCUUUGCUUUCGUUGUGCAGUCGGUCUUCAAGCACGAUGCAUUGUCAGAAAUCCCCCUAGUUGGAACAGAAUAUGGCGGACAAGAGAGCAGGAGAAAGAAAUUUGUGGAUGGGGGUGCCAAGAACCUCUAUUUGGACGGAUACAAGAAGUUCAAGGAGCAGGCUUUCCGGAUUACUUCAACAAAGAAAGCAACCAAUAUCGUUGUGGCCCCGAAGUUCAUGGACGAGCUUAAAAGGCUUCCUGAUGACGUGUUGAGCUUUAAUGAAGCUAUAGAGGAGAGCUUACAAGCGAAAUACACUGGCGUCGAGACAAAUAUCGAAAUGCUUCCUCGUUUAGUUAAGACAUCUCUAACGCCGGCUCUUGUUCGACUCAACCCCAUCAUAUCUGACGAGGUUGUUGAGGCGAUGCGAGUCGAGCUACCACAAUCGAGUGGAUGGACCGAGGUCAAGAUUAUGGACAAAUUGAUGCGCAUUAUUGCAAUGGCGUCUGGCCGCGUUUUUGUCGGGCCUGAGCUGUGUCGGAACGAAGACUACAUCGAUUCAGCUAUCAACUACACUGUAGACCUAUUGAAGGCAAUCCGGAAGGUCUCUACUAUACCGCCAUGGAUACGCCCUAUUUUAGCGCCAAGGCAGCCUGAGGUUAGGAGGGUACACAAGCGCAUUGCCGAGGCAGUUGAGUUUCUGAAGCCGAUUGUCAAAUCCAGGAGAGAGGCAUCUGAAGAUCCAGAUUAUCAGAAGCCCGAUGACAUGCUGCAAUGGAUGAUAGACACGCAAGAGAAGUCUGGCGACAAGGACAACAAGAAGCUUGCCCGAUAUCAGUUGGGUAUCAGCUUCGCCGCUAUUCACACUACGUCACUGACGGCUACCAACACGCUAUACACGCUAGCAUCAAUGCCUGAAUUCGUUCCCGUUCUUCGCGACGAUGUGCAACAAGCUUUGGCUGACGCCAACGGAGUUUUCACCAAUAUCGCAAUGCAGAAUAUGAAAAAGCUAGAUAGCUUCAUCAAGGAAUGCAUGCGACACUACGCCAUGGGAUUUUCGUCCUUCCAGCGAAAAGUCCUCAAGACAUUCACUCUUUCCAACGGCCAGGUUAUUCCCGCGGGUUGCAUAAUCGAGGUACCUGUUAUCGGUAUCUACAACGACAAUGAAUUUUUUCCAGACGCAGACAAGUUCGACCCCUUGCGCUUCUAUAAGAUGCGCCAGUCGAAGACGGAACAGAAGACAGUAUCCAAGCAGGUUGAGAUGGUCGCGAAUGCCCAAUUCGUCAGCGUGAGUCAGACUAGUCUGACUUUUGGGUAUGGACGUCAUGCUUGCCCAGGUCGCUUCUUUGCCGUAAACGAGAUCAAGAUGAUUCUGGCAACACUGCUGUUGAACUACGAUUUAAGGAACGUAGCAGGAGUAAAGGAAAGAUAUCCCAAUUUGGUUUCUGGAGCAAUAGUUCAUCCCGAUCCCGAUAGAGUGCUUCUUCUGAAGAAGUUGUAG